UAUGGCAGAGAAAAGUCCAUGAACAAAUGUUAUUGAGAAAGCACAGUUGCAAAUAUAAAUAGAUCACCAUCUAUAGAAUAAGAGGAAUCAUACACUUGCUUUUAUAUCCAUUAAGACUCCAAUGGCUUUUCUUGCAUGGCUAAAGGAGAGCUUCCAACCCUUCUUACUCAUCGCAUCCAUUUUCCUAGUGGUGUUGCUGAAUAUUUUCUUGAAGUUGAAAUCAGGAAAAAGAAAAUUCAAUCUCCCACCAAAUCCUCCAAAGCUACCUAUCAUUGGUAAUCUUCACCAACUUGGCAACAUGCCUCAUCUCUCUCUCCAGUGUCUUGCUCAAAAGUUUGGACCAAUCAUGUACCUUCAACUUGGUGAGGUCCCAACAGUUGUUGUUUCCUCAGCUAGACUAGCCAAGGAAGUAAUGAAAACCCAUGAUCUGGCACUGUCAAGCCGUCCACAAAUCUUUUCAGCCAAGCACCUCUUCUAUGAUUGCACUGAUGUUGUUUUUUCCCCAUAUGGUGCAUAUUGGAGGCAUAUUAGGAAAAUAUGCAUACUUGAACUACUAAGUGCCAAAAGGGUUCAAUCAUAUAGCUUUGUUAGAGAAGAAGAAGUAGCACGUUUGGUAUGUAGAGUUGCUGAAUCAUAUCCCAGCACCACCAAUCUAACCAAGAUGCUUGGACUAUAUGCAAAUGAUGUCCUUUGCAGGGUUGCAUUUGGGAGGGAUUUCUCAGCAGGAGGAGAAUAUGAUCGUCAUGGCUUCCAAAAGAUGCUUGAGGAGUAUCAAGUUUUGCUUGGAGGAUUUAGCAUAGGAGAUUUCUUCCCUUCCAUGGAGUUUAUACACAGCUUAACAGGCAUGAAAUCAAGACUUCAGAGUACUUUUCAACGCUUUGAUAAACUCUUUGACCAGUUGCUGACUGAGCAUGCAAAUCCCAAUAGAGAAAAAGAGGAGAAUAAGGAUCUUGUGGAUGUUUUACUCGAUAUACAGAAGGAUGGCUCUGAUGAAAUGCCACUCACCACGGAUAAUAUUAAAGCCAUCAUCUUGGAUAUGUUUGCUGCAGGAACUGAUACAACUUUCAUCACCCUUGACUGGGGAAUGACAGAACUUAUCAUGAACCCUAAAGUCCUGCAAAGGGCACAAGCCGAAGUCCGAAGCAUUGUUGGGGAGAGAAGAGCUGUUUUGGAGAGUGAUCUGCCUCAGCUACACUAUAUGAAAGCUCUCAUCAAAGAGAUCUUUCGAUUGCAUCCUCCUGCUCCAGUAUUAGUCCCAAGAGAAUCCAUGGAAGAAGUGAACAUUGACAGCUACAAUAUCCCAGCCAAAACACGGUUUUUUGUCAAUGCUUGGGCAAUAGGGAGAGACCCAGAAUCUUGGGAAAAUCCGUAUGUAUUUGAACCAGAAAGAUUUAUGGGUAGCACUGUUGAUUUCAAGGGACAGAAUUUUGAGCUGAUACCUUUUGGUGCCGGUAGAAGAAGCUGCCCAGCUAUCACAUUUGGAACAGCAAGUGUUGAGCUUGCUCUGGCUCAACUUCUCCACAGCUUUGAUUGGGAGCUUCCCCCUGGUAUUACAGCUAAAGAUUUAGAUAUGACAGAGGUUUUUGGCAUCACAAUGCAUAGGAUAGCUGAUCUGAUUGUGAUUGCCAAACCACGCUUUCCCUUGGACCAUGCAAAUGAUAAUCCAAAGAUUUAGUCAUCUGUUCAUCCAUGCCAAAAGAGGAGAAAAACAAAGUACUCUGCCAAACAGGAGGAGAAAUAGAUAUUAUCUUUCCUAAUCAAUAUGUUAGAGCAAGCAAGGGAGGUAGCUCACAAGGUAUUAUGGAAUAAAAAUAUCUGAUGUCUUGCCUUAAUCUCAUAUAAUGCAUUUUCUACAUUUGAAACGAGAGCAAUACUAAGGACAAUUUUUUUUUCAAAUUUGUUAAGGUGCCAAGAUGUGAGCUUGAUAAUGAAACUUCAAUUUUAUGUGGACAUUA